CGGAUCCAAGGCUGGUUCCAGAUAGUAUGCCCGUAAAUCCUCCCAGAAGGAUGCGCUGUUUUAUUUAAUUUUAUUUUGCAUUCGGUAGUUUAAGAAGUUUUAUUUUAUAAAGAGAAUAUAUGUUUUAAAAUGUAUAUUUUACAUAUACAUCUAAGGAUGAAAAGAGGGGUUUCCCUACCACCUUGUAUCACCAUCCUCCAACUCGACUCCCAGAGGCCACUCUUGCUAUUGGGUUUUUGUGUAUCUUUGCAGAAAUUUUCUCUAUGCCUAUAAAAGCAUAUGUGCCUAUAAAAGCCCUUUCCUUUAAAACACACACACGCUGUUUCUCUCCCACACACACGGAGUAGCGUGCCAUAUACAUUAGUCUGCACUUGGUUUUUCCACUUAACAUUAUUUCACAGUUUCCCCACCUCUUGUCAUCUCUGAAACUGAGUUUCUUGUACAAUCAACGGCAGCAUAGUUCAUUGGUUCUGUGAGUGUGUUUCUUAAUGCUACGUAAAGUCAUGGUGCAUCUCCGUCCACAGUGACUUUGUUAUGAUGAGAUAUGGUGAUAUGUUUUGGAGUUCAUAUAGAGUGGCAUUUCCACAGGGUUUAGUUGCAGUUACUUAACCAGUUGUUUUCCAUCCUUCGGUUAAUACGAAUAAUGCUUUGAUGAAGUCUCUGUGCACAAGGGUCAGUGUACCUGUGGAUUAGUGGGGAAUGCAUGUUGGAAAGACGCAGGUUCUUGUAGUCAGUUACUCAUGCCGCCGUUGUGCCUUCUCUGGGCCAGGCUCUGUGCACACCAUCCUGCCUGAGUCCUGGCAGGACACCCAGAUGAGAAACCUAAGAGGGUCUUGGCUGCUGGGAUUUGAUGUGUUGCCAGGUAAAGGCAUUGAAUGGAGGGAGGGACUCGCUGACCAGGUUUUAUGGGAGACUUUUCCUGCCUUUACUGGCCACCUCUCAUUUGUCUUGUGCUCUAUUGUUUUUUCUUUGCUGAACUCCUAGAGAUGGAGAAAGCCUCUUGCAGCCUGGGAAGACCAGCUACAGCAUUCUUGGGUGGAGUUCAUUUUGUUUUCAAGCCUAGUUGCUUCCCAGUUUGCAGUCUUCUUAUUCCUAAAAAGGAACCUCUUCUGAGGCCACUUUAUGUGGUGGUCAGAGGAGAGCCAUCUGCCUGGUCGACGCUGGGCCUUACCUUACAGUCAGCCACACAGAGCAGGGGUGGUCAGGCACCAUGAAGGGGUGGUGGUAAGGAAUAAAUAUAACAAUGUUGCUAAUGCACUCAGCGCAGCUCUCAGAAUGUAUUAACGAUGACUUUCAACCUGAAGGCUGCUGUCUUUACCAGGAGUGGCCUUUUAAAGUGCUCUCACCCCUUGAUCUCUCUGUGCUCUUCUAGGAAUCUCUCCUAAAAAAAAGAUCACUAUGUGUGAAGAUUUCAUCCUGGAGUUGGUCACUACAGCAAAAAACAAAAAAAACAAAAAAAACAAAAAAAAAACCAAAACGGAAACGACCUUAAUGCCCACUGAGAGGCAAUCAUUGAAUAAAUUAUGGGGUACGGUCUCACUAUGAGAAGGAAACACUUAACAAAGCUGGAUUUGCAAACAAAAGAGAUGAGCGAACUCCAUGCUGCUUUUCAGGACAACUUUGCUGUAACUACUGUUCUACUUCUGCAUCACCUUUUUAAAAGAUUCUGCAUGACCAGGCAGUUAAAUGGCACCUGUACCAGCUCGGUGGACAUGGAGCUCUUCCUUCAUUACUCCCUCAUCCCAUCACUCUUCAUCAUUUUGAUCUUGUCCUUCCUCCAAAGACGAGAGCAUUGUAGACAGAGAGAUGAUACCUCUUACCUGCUGGGGAACUGCUUUGGCAUUAUCAUGCCUCUGGACUUCGUGGGCACUUUCAGUAACCGAUGGUCCUGUGGAAUCGCCUUUGGGGCCACAGCUAAUAAGGUCAUGUUUUUGUUCUCAGAAGGCUACCAGCCCCUGCAGAUCCCGCAGUGGGCCCAAGCCUUUGAGCUUCUGAUUGGAGGCAUUGAAGUCGGCCUGUCCCACUUCCCCUUCUUUGCCUGCCUCUCGUCGGAGUUCCAGCUGGUCAGCUCCAUCCUGGGCUUCUGCUACUCUCUGAUCUGGUUUGCUGUCACCGUUCUUCAAGUUUCACAGUGUCCCCACGGGCAGUUUGUGGGAAAGUAUGAGACCCUCAUGUUUUACUGGCCCUCGCUGCUGUGCCUCGCCUUCCUGCUGGGCCGCUUCCUGCAUAUGUUUGUCAAGGCUCUGAGGGUGCACCUCGGCUGGGAGUUCCAGGUGGAAGAAAAGUCUGUCCUGGAAACGCACCAGGCAGAGCACGUCAAGCAGCUCCUGAGGACACCCCGCCCUCAAGAGAAAAAAAAGUCUUGGUUCCAAACCAGGAUAUAUGAGUGGGAUCCCUGCUUUCAAUUUCCAAGCAGAAUGAUUGGAACCAUUGUGUUGGCAUUCAUCUGCCUAUAUCUUUUCAUUGUCAUCGAGUUCUGCGUGUUUGUGUAUGUGAGAGAUGAGUUGGACGUGUUUGAAAACAAGCUGGAGAGCUACAUCACCUUCACGAACCAUUCAGGGGUCCUGACCCCAGUCAUCCUGCAGGUGAAAGAGCUGAUCAGCGUCACCAAAGGAGUCUGGGUAGCGACCAUUUUGCCUGCCUCUCUCACGUGUGUGAGCUAUCUGUUCCACAUUUUGGUCUGUUACAGAAAGCACAUAAAGAGGCUAUGGGCAGGAGAUAAACAUUUUCUUCCUUUGAAGUUCCAUAACCCGGCCUCCUCAGCGAGCGUGGUGGCCAUUGCAAGGUACUCUGGCUGGCAAAUAGCCUAUGUUCUAUGGGGCUACCUCAUCAUUCACGUGGUGCAGAGCCUAUGUGGCAUGGCAAUCAUGUACGGCCUGGUGCUGCCCAUCGUUCACAACCAGGGCCUGGAGAUGCUGCAAGGGCUGGGCAUCGGGAUCCUCACCAUAUCCAUCGUCGUGGGUCUCAUGAUCCUGCAGAUGUGGAUUGCUGCCAGCUUCUUCCUACAGCCAAAACUGGGCACAGCUGACAAGCAGAAGCCCCUGGCUCUCAACAACAGGAAAGCGUUCCACAACUUCAACUACUUCCUGUUCUUCUACAACGUGCUACUGGGCCUGGGUGCCUGCCUUUCCAGGCUGCUCAUCAGUUGCCUCCUUGGCACGUGGCUGAUUGCCCGCAUCGACAGGACUAUCAUGCAGAAUGGCUAUGAGGGAGCAGACAUGGGGUUCAGUGCGUGGAUUGGGAUGCUCUAUGUGGACCAUUAUCACACCAACCCUGUGCUCGUCAGCUUUUGCCACAUCCUGAUCGCAAAUCACAAGGAGAAGAAACUGCAGCAGACCACCAAAUACUGGUGCCUAAAUCAAUCGGCAGAAUCCCUUCGGAUUUGCGCCCUUCGCGGCGGGGAGAACCGGCCUCCUGCUCGAGUUCGGAGCUCAUCUGAGGAAUUGGAAUUGAGACACCAAAGCCCAGACGCGUUUCCUGGACGACGGCUUCCCGGCAGGGGCAUACAGUCAGCGGCCAAGAUGUCGUCAGUGGGGAAGGUGACCCAGGUUCCGAGUGGGAAAGCCUACCAGCAGAUCUUCCAGGCUGAGGUGCAGCUGGUCCACUCCCUGGCGGCCACCAGGAAGCGGGCUGCAGAGCAUUCUGUGACCCUGAAGAGUGGCAGGAUACCCAUGAUGAAGAAGGUGGAGACUCCUGAAGGGGAGGUGAUGUCUCCUCGACAGCAAAAGUGGACGCACAGCCUCCCCAACAACUGGAUCAUGGAAAACCCUGUUCUCCACAGGGAAAAGGAAAGAGCCAAGAGAGAAAAAGCCCGAGAGAGUGAGAGCACCAUCGCUGCCCGAAAAGUGCGGGGUCUCAUGGACACUAUGGUUCCUGAGAAGAUAAGCACCAGCACCUUUCAAAGGCGAGCAGAACACAAGAGGAGGAGCUACGAGGGCGCUCUGGCCAGCUUUGAGGAGGAGAUUGCGCAGGUUGGAAAGGAAAUGGAAGCUCUCAUUGUGGACACAGCGGGACUUUUUUUGAAGAAGCUGACUGAGUCUGAUGAAGAAAUGAACCGUCUCUUCCUAAAGGUGGAAAACGACACCAACCUUGAGGACUACACCAUCCAAGCCCUGCUAGAGCUGUGGGAUAAGGUGGCCAGGCGGUUCCUGCUCCAGAAGCAGGAGAUUAAGGAGCUGGAUGAGGCCCUGCACUCGCUGGAGUUCUCUCGAGUCAAUAAACUAAAAGGUGUGUUGAAGAAAUAUGCUGAAGUCAUAGAGAAAACUUCAUACCUCAUGCGGCCCGAUGUGUACAAGCUGAUAAAUAAAGAAGCCAUGGUCAUGAACUAUGCCCUGCUGGGCAACCGGAAGGCCCUCGCCCAGCUGUUCGUCAACCUGAUGGAGUCCACCCUGCAGCAGGAGCUGGACAGCCGCCACCGCUGGCAGGGCUUGGUGGACACCUGGAAGGAUCUCAAGAAGGAGGCCCUGCUGCAGAGUUUCAGUGAGUUCAUGGCCAGUGAGAGUAUCCAUACUCCCCUGGCUGUGGUGAAGGAGCUAGAGGUCAUGCUGAAGACCCAGAACGUCCUGCAGCAAAGGCGGCUGAAGCACCUCUGCACCAUCUGUGACCUCCUGCCCCCCAAUUACAGCAAAACUCAGCUGACUGAGUGGCAUUCUUCCCUCAACUCCAUGAACAAGGAGCUAGACACCUACCAUGUGGACUGCAUGAUGCGGAUCCGCCUGCUGUAUGAGAAGACGUGGCAGGAGUGCCUGAUGCUUGUGCAGAAUUGUAAGAAGCAGCUGCUGGACUGGAAAGCCUUCACUGAGGAGGAGGCAGAGACCCUGGUGAACCAGUUCUUCUUCCAGAUGGUGGGAGCACUCCAGGGCAAGGUGGAGGAGGACCUGGAGCUCUUGGACAAAUCCUUCGAGACCCUGGCAGAUCAGACAGAGUGGCAGAGUUCGAACCUCUUCAGGUACUUCCAGGAGGCGGUACAACUGUGGGAGGCACACCAGAGCAAGCUGUUGGUGCAGGAGCUGGAGCUGGAGAAGAGGAUGGAGCAGCACCAGCAGAAGCACAGCCUGGAGAGCCAGGUCCAGGAGGCCCACCUUGAUAGGCUCUUGGACCAACUGAGGCAGCAGAGCGACAAAGAAACACUGGCGUUUCACCUGGAAAAGGUCAAAGAUUAUCUGAAGAACAUGAAAUCCAGGUAUGAAUAUUUUCACACCCUCCUGACAAAGGAAGUGAUGGAGUACCCAGCAAUCAUACUGAAAGAACUCAACUCCUACAGCUCCAACCUCAGCCAAUACUUCUUUGUGCGUGAAAUAUUUGAGCAGAACUUGGCUGGAGAAGUCAUUUUCAAAUUCAGGCAACCAGAAGCACAUGAAAAAUCCUUCCAGAAGAGAAUGAGGAAACUGAGGAAGAAGCAAGGGUCUAAAGAGGACAUGAGCAGAAGUGAGGAAAGCAUAAGUAGUGGGACAAGUGCUGCCACAUCAGUAGAAGAGAUGGAAGAGGAAAAUGAUCAAGAAAUGGAGUCCUUUAUAACUGAAGAGGUGCUGGGGCAGCAGAAAAAAUCUCCACUGCAUGCUGAGAUGGAUGAGUCCAAAGAAGGCUCUAUUCAGGGAUUGGAAGAAAUGCAGGUUGAAAGAGAGAGCUCCUUAAACCCAUCCCUGAAUGAGGAGAAAGUGAAGGGUCAAGGAGAAGAGAAGGAGAAGUCACAGGAAGAAGAUGAGAAGGAGGAAGAGGAGGAGGAGGAGGAUAAACUGGAGGAAGAGAAGGAGGAGAAGGAGGCACAGGAAGAGCAAGAGAGUUUAUCUGUGGGUGAGGAAGAAGACAAGGAAGAGGAUCUGGAGGAGAUAUACUAUGAGGACAUGGAGUCCUUCACAAUCUCCAGUGGAAACACAUAUUUUGUCUUCGUACCCCUGGAAGAAGAAGAGCAUUGCAGGAAGUCCCAUUCCACCUUCUCAGCCAUGUUCAUCAGCGACACUUCCAGUGCCAAGUUCAUAGAACAAGUGACAAUUCCAUCGAGACUAAUUUUAGAAAUUAAGAAACAACUUCGAGCUGGCUUCUUCGAGCACCUCGAGAAGUGGUUUGACCAGUGUUCCCUCAACACCCGGGUCACCGUGGCCACCAAAGUCAAUGAGCUGGAUUCAGAACUGGAACUGCAUCUGCACCUGCACCAGCCAAGAGCCCAGCAGAUUGAAAAAGACAUCCACAACGUCAGGGCAGCGGAGCUCUUACUUCAUCAAGAGCGGUUGGACAGCCACUGUGCUGGGGUGACCGAGACGCUGAAGAAGGAGCAGCUGAUGUUCUGCCAGUUCCAAGAAGAGCAAAACGUGAGGAGCAAAAACUUCCGCCUCAAGAUCUAUGACAUGGAGCACAUCUUCUUGAAUGCCACCAGAAGCCAAAAGCUGGUCAUUCUCAGCAACACACUGCACCAGGAGUUGCUUAGCUAUGUUGAUGUCACCCAGGUGUCCCUGCGCAGCUUCCGGCAGUACUUGGAGGAGAGUCUGGGCAAACUCCGCUACUCAAAUAUUGAGUUCAUCAAACACUGCAGAUUGUUUUCAGAGGGAGGCAACUUUUCUCCUAAAGAAAUCAAUUCACUGUGUCACCGACUGGAGAAGGAAGCUGCCCGGAUAGAGUUGGUUGACAGUGUCAUCAUGCUCAACAUGGAGAAGAUGGAGAACGAGUACCUGGACCAGGCCAAUGAUGUCAUCAACAAGUUUGAAAGCAAAUUCCAUAACCUGUCUGUGGACCUUAUUUUCAUAGAGAAAAUCCAGCGGUUACUGACGAAUCUGCAAGUGCACAUCAAGUGCCAGGUGGCAAAAUCCAAUUCACAAACAAAUGGAUUAAAUUUCUCUCUGCAACAGCUUCAGAACAAGAUAAAAACUUGUCAAGAGUCCAGGGGAGAGAAAACCACAGCGACCACAGAAGAACUCCUCGGCUUCGUCCAAACUUGGAAAGAAAAACUGAGCCAGAGGAUUCGGUACCUUAACUGCAGCCUGGACAAGGUGUCCAUGACUGAACUGGUCUUUACAAAUACCAUCCUGAAGGACCUGGAGCAAGAGAGUGACAUCCUGACAUCUUCAGAAGCCCUUGAGGAGGAGGCCAAGCCGGAUGUGGUCACCCCUGAGUCCUUCGCCCAGCUGAGCCGCAUGGGGAAGCCCCUGAUUGAAGACCCAGCUGUGGAUGUGAUCAGGAAGAUCCUGCAACUUCCCAACACAAAAUGGCCAACCCACCAUUGUGACAAAGAUCGGUCCCAGACAGGUAGAGGCACACAGGCCUGUGGGUCUCAGGGCAGCAGUGAGGCGGGGGUUGGUGGUACUGUGUGGCCCUUCUCACCUCCUGUCCUCUGCUCCUGUCCUGGGCCCUCGUCACCCAAAGGCUUCAAGCGACAUCGGUGCCGGCCAGAAAACUCUGGGAAGAAGGUUGUGCCCAGCGCCAGUGGCACCUCUGCAAGCAGCUUCACACGGCACCCCAAGCUCAACAAAAUGGAGAGAAAGUACCAGGUGCUUGGGGACAAGCCUCCUCCUGCUGCUGAGGAUUUUAAGGGGAUCAUCUUGACCCUCCUCUGGGAAAGCAAUGAGAACCUGCUGGCGGUUGCAGAGGAGUUCUACCGUAAAGAAAAACGCCCGGUCACCAGGCCUGACUGCAUGUAUGACACCUUUGACCAGUGCGCCGAGAACAUCGGCAAAAAGAUCCUGGAUUACCAGAGCCAGGCAAAUAAGUACCACAACUCCUGCCUCAUAGAAUUACGGAUCCAGAUGAGGAGAUUUGAGGAGCUGCUGCCCCAAGUGUGUUGGCUGGUGAUGGAGAAUUUCAAGGAGCACCACUGGAAAAUGUUUUGCACCUCCGUAAAGGAGAUCCGAGGACAGUUUGAGGGACAGCAGAAGCAGCUGGAGAAAAGAAAGGACAAAAAUGCCCAGAAGCUCCAUCUAAAUCUUGGACACCCCAUACAUUUCCAAGAAAUGGAGUCUCUACAUUUAAGUGAAGACAAAAGGCAGGAAGAGCUGGACAGCAUGAUUAGGAUGAACAGGGAGAAGCUGGAGGAAUGUUCCAGAAGGAAUGGCCAGGUUUUCAUAACCAACUUGGCCGCCUUCACCGAGAAGUUCCUACUGCAGUUGGAUGAGGUGGUCACCAUUGACGACGUCCAGGUUGCAAGGAUGGAGCCCCCCAAACAGAAAAUAUCAAUACUCAUACGAAGGAAACUCGCUGGGCUCUCCCUGAAGGAAGAGAGUGAGAAACCCCUGAUUGAACGUGGAAGCAGGAAGUGGCCAGGAAUCAAACCCACCGAAGUCACCAUCCAAAACAAGAUUCUUCUCCGGCCAACAUCAUCGAUAUCCACCACCAAAACCACCCUGGGCCACCUGGCAGCCGUGGAAGCCCGAGAUGCUGUGUACCUGAAAUAUUUAGCAUCAUUUGAGGAGGAGCUGAAGAGGAUCCAGGAUGACUGCACAUUUCAGAUGAAGGAGGCUCAGCGCUGGAAGGACAGCUGGAAGCAGUCCCUGCACACCAUCCAGGGCCUGUAUGUGUGACCCUCCACCCCACCAUGAAUAAAUGCUUUCUUAUGCAGAC